AAAUGAUCUAGUGCAUUUGGAAUCUUUGAAAUUGAUUCUGAAUUAGUGUAAUUAGACAUAAAGACAAUGUUUCCAAUAUUUUCAAUUGGAGAAUAAAACUAGCAAUGGAACUGAGCCUUUGGACAGUGCAGUGGUGCAGCUUGUAGAAGCAGUGCAUCACAGAGCCGGAGACUAGUUUCUAUCCUAGCCUUGAGUGCUGUCUGCUUAGAGUUUGCAUGUUCUGCUUGUAAGUGCAUGGGCUUUUUCUGGGUGCUUCAGUCUCCUCACUCAUCCAAAUACUGGUAGGCGAAUUGGCAUGUAAAUUGUAUGUAGGAUAUAGGUUGGUGAUAGAAACGGGGGAUGUAGUUGAAGCAAAUGAGUAUUUGAAAGCAGGAUUGAUACCAGGUUUAGAAUAAAUGGGAGUUGAUGGGUUAUGGGCAUAUUUCCAUGCUAUAAAUUGAGGAUCUGCAGCCAAGAUGGCUGUAUCAGAGGGAAAUGAAAGAGUUUUCUAUUCUGUAUUUAAAACAUAGACAAUAUAUCCAAUAUCUGCAGUAGGAGAAUGGAAUUAGCAAUGAAACUCAACAUUUAGACAGUGCAGUGGUGCAGCUAGUAGAACCACUGCCUCACAGAGACAGAGACCUAGUUCCGACUGCAAGGGUGGCAAAAACAAACAUUAUGGGAAUCAUACAUAGGUCUCCAAAUAGUAGCCAAGAUCUGAGGCUGAGAUUACAAAGGGAGAUGGAAAAGGCAUGUAAUAAGGGUAAUUGUACAAUUGUAAUGGGGGAUUUCAAUAUACAAGGGGGUUGGGAAAAUCAGGUUGGUGCUGGAUUGCAAGAGUGGGAAUUUGUUGAAAGCCUACGAGAUGGCAUUUUAGAGCAGCUUGUGCUUGAGCCUACUUUGAGAAAGGCUAUCUUAGAUUGGGUUUUGUAUAGUAACCCAGAUCUUAUUAGAGAGUUUAAUGCAAAGGAACCCUUAGGAGGCAGUGAUCAUAAUAUGAUUAAAUUCAAACUGCAAUUUGAGAGGGAGAGGCAUAAGUCACAUGUAUCAGUAUCACAAUGGAAUAAAAGGAAUUACAGAGGCAUGAGAGAGGAGCUUGCUCAGGUGGAUUGGAGGAAGGUACUGGCGGGGAUGACAGCAGAGCAGAGAUGACUGAUGUUUCUGGGAAUAGCUCACAAGGCGUAGGAUAGAUAUGUCCCACAGACGUUGUUCUCGUAUGGCAGGGGUAGGCAACCAUGGCUGACAGGGGAAGUUAAGAGCAGCACAAAAGCCAAGGAAAGGGCAUAUAAAGUAGCAAAAAUGAUUGGGAAGCUUUUAAAACCCAACAAAUGGCAAUUAAAAAGCUACAAGAAGGGAAAAGAUGAAAUAUAAGGACAAAUUAGCUAAUAAUAUAAAGCAGGAUACUAAAAGUUUUUUUUUCCUGUUAUAAAGAAUAAAAGGCAGGUGAAAGUUGGUAUUGGACCACUGGAAAAUGAUGCUGGUGAGGUAGUAAUUGGGUACAAAGAAAUGACAGAUGAAUCUAAUGGGCACUUUGCAUCUGUCUUCACUGUGGAACGCACUAGUAGUGUGCCAGAAGUCUGUGAGUGUCAGGGAGCAGAAGUGAGUGCCAUUGCUAUCACAAAGGCAAAGGUGGCAGGCAGACUGAAAGGUCUUAGGUGGAUAAGUCACCUGGAGCAGAUGGACUACAUCACAGAAUACUGAGAGAGGUUGCUGAAGAGAUAACGGAUGCCUUGGUCAUGAUCUUUCUAGAGUCACUGGAUUCUGGCAUGGUCUCAGAGGACUGGAGGAUUGCAAAUGUCACUCCAUUCUUUAAGAAGGAGGAAGGCAAAAGAAAGGGAGUUGUAGGCCAGUUAGCCUAACCUCUGCGGCAGGGAAAGUGUUGGAGUCUAAUAUUAAGGAUGAGGUUUUGAGGUACUUGGAGACUAAUGAUAAAAUAAGUCAAAGUCAGCAUGGUUUCUGUAAAGGGAUAUCUUGCCUAAUAAAUCUGUUAGAGUUAUUUGAGGAAGUAACAAGCAGGGUGGACAAAGGUGGAUGUCAUUCACUUAGAUUUUCAUGAGCACUUGAGGCUGCUUAACAAGAUAAAAUAGUAUGGCGUUACAGGAAAGAUACUGGCAUGGAUAGAGGAAUGGCUGACAGGCAGGAGGCAACGUGGGAAUAAAAGGGGUCUUUUCUGAUUGGCUGCCAGUGUUUCUCAGGGGUCAGUAUUGAGACUUACUUUUCACAUUUUUGUCAGUGACGGCUUUGUGCCAAAGUUUGUGGAUGAUACGAAGAUAGGUGGAGGGGUAGGUAGUGCUGAGAAAGCAAUGAGAUUACAGCAGGACUUGGACAAACUGGAAGAAUGGGCAAAAAAAAGUGGCAGAUAGAAUACAGUGUUGGGAAACGUAUGACAAUGCAUUUUGUUUAAAAGGAAAUUUAGUACAGUCUAUUAUCUAAAUGGGGAGAAGGUUGUAACAUCAGAGGUACAGAGAAACAUAAGAGUCCUCGUGCAAGACCCAGAAAGUUAAUUUACAGGUUGAGUCUGUGGUAAAAAAAAGGCAAAUGCAAUGUUGGCAUUUAUUUCAAGGGGAAUAGAAUAUAAAAGCAGGGAGAUAAUGCUGAGGCUUUAUAAGACAUUUGUCAGGCUGCACCUGGAAUAUUGUCAACAAUUUUGGGCCGAAUCUCAGAAAGAAUGGUUGUUAUUGAGAGAGUCCAGAACAGGUUCAUGAGGAUGAUUCUGGGUAUGAAGGGGUUAACACGUGAGUGUUUGGCAGUUUUGGGCCUGUGCUCACUGGAAUUCAAAAGAAUGUGUGGGAUCUCAUUAAAACCUACCGAAUGUUGAAAGGAUUAGACAAGGAUGUAGAGAGGAUGUUUCCUCUGGUGGGGGUAUGCAGAACUAGAGAACACAGCCUCAAAACUGAAGGGUGAUCUUUUGGAACAAAGGUAAGGAGGAAUUUUUUUAGUCGGAGCAGUGGGUAUAUAUACGUAUAUAUAAGGCAGAAGUUGAUAAUUUCCUGAUGAGUCAGGGUAUCAAGGAUAUGAUGAGAAGACAGGUGUUUGGGGUUGACUGAGAUCUGGGAUCAGCCAUGAUGGAAUGGUUGUAUAUGUUGACAUAUAUGUACUUACAUAAGUACUUAAUAAAUUUACUUCGAAGUUUGAAGGUUUGUGGACAAAUGUGCAUAUUUCCAUGUUGUAUCUUUAACUUUUAAGAUUCAUUCCCUUGUGAAUGAAUUAAUCGUAACAAGAUUAUUGGAAGGAGUCAGUGGAGGGUGCUGAAUGUUUGGAUUAUUUAAAUCUACUUCAACGGCCUUACCAAUUAUGUAUGCAGUAGCUCUGGACCUGCGGAUCUUUGCAAAUAAUGCUGACCAACAGUUAGGCAAGAAAGGGAAGGGCAAGAUGGGAGAUACGCUGGAGAAAGCUGCAGAACUACUGAUGAGCUGUUUCCGGAUCUGCGCCAGUGACAACCGUGCUGGAAUCGAUGACUCUAAGAAAUGGGGAAUGCUAUUUCUCGUCAAUCAGCUGUUCAAGAUAUACUUUAAGAUCAAUAAACUCCAUUUGUGCAAGCCUUUAAUCCGAGCAAUUGAUAGUUCCAACUUGAAGGAUGAGUACAGUAUGGCACAGAGGGUGACGUACAAGUACUAUGUUGGGAGGAAAGCCAUGUUCGACAGUGAUUUUAAGCAAGCCGAAGAAUAUCUCUCAUUUGCUUUUCGGCAUUGUCACAAGACCACCCAGAAAAAUAAGCGGAUGAUCUUGAUUUACUUGCUACCUGUGAAGAUGCUUCUUGGCCACAUGCCAACAGUACUGCUACUGCGAAAAUAUGAUCUCCUGCAGUUUUCAGAUGUCACCAAGGCAGUUGGUGAAGGGAACCUUCUGCUCCUGAAUGAAGCUUUGUCAAAACAUGAAGCUUUCUUCAUUCGCUGUGGAAUCUUUCUGAUACUUGAGAAACUAAAGAUAAUCACAUACAGAAACCUUUUCAAGAAAGUGUAUUUAUUACUUCGAACACAUCAACUGCCUCUUGAUGCAUUCCUGGUUGCUCUUAAAUUCAUGCAAGUGGAGGAUGUUGAUAUUGAUGAAGUCCAGUGUAUUUUAGCAAACCUCAUCUACAUGGGACACAUUAAGGGUUACAUCUCUCACCAACAUCAGAAGCUUGUGGUCAGUAAACAGAACCCUUUCCCUCCUCUGUCCUCUGUGUGUUAACUAACUGAGGCCAGACAUCCAUGUAUUCUCAUUCCCAGCAAUUCCUGAACGCAUGGUGGUUGCUAGUGGUCUCAUUAUCAGCAGCUGAAUUUAAAGCUGAGGGUACUGAGAAUUCAUAGCCAGUCUUGGUUGUAUAUCUCCUGAUAAUUAGCUUGAAGUAAUUUUGUAUGUCUCAUUAAGGAUGCAAGUAUAAAGCAAAAGUAUAUUUUGUUACCAUGUUAAAUGUCACAGACGCUGUAAUAAACUUUUUAAAUAAAGCAUGGCUUUUGUCUUA